AUGGCGAUGAAAUACGACGGAGCCAUCUACCUAGACCCCAGCUUGGCGCCAGAUAAUGUGCUGUGCCAGGACCGACCGUCCUUCUUCUCGUGGCAAAGCAGGACCGACACACACAGCAACAAAAGCACAAGCACAAGCACAAUCACAAAGCCCACCGCCAGCAUCACAAACAACAGGUCGCGAUUCGUGCCGGUGGGGACCGGCAGUAACCAGGGCAGCUUAUACGAGAAUAACAGCAACGACAGCAACAAUGUUAGCAAGCCCAUUUCGCAGGAGUUGCACGAACAGAAUGUGGCCGUGCUGCAGGACUUUGCCAAUGAACUUGUGCUCACGGACUCACCCAAGCAUGUGUUUGACAUUAUCGCCAGCACCAACAAGCCCGAGCGAAAGACGCCGUCACUACUGAUUGCCAUCGACGUGACGCAGUACUACACCAACCACGACGACUCGGCACCGCAUGAAAACGGCCACUCGGACGCACACCACAUUAAUCACAACCACCAUAGCCACAACCACAAGCCACCAGUGUCAGCCCGGUCCAUCAUCUCGCAGAUUUACAUAUACUUCCAUCAUCUGCCCAUCUCCAUCGUGGCCAUCUCCCGAGAUGGAGCCGUGUGCGACGUGCAGUUGUACUCUUCGGGAGUCGACUUUGUGGGUCCCAACCCCCUCAAGCGUGAGAUUCUGGAGGCUACUGUGCAGGAGAAGUCCGUCUUCCUGCAGACCAUGUCGCAUCAUGUGGAUCGAAUCAAGCUACGGGUGGGUCUGUCGGAUAACAAGAGACGACAAAACCUGCUGCGGCACCUCGUCAUUGACGGCCGAAACGACCUGCAGUUGCUGCUUCAGUUCGACCAUGGCUUUUCGUACACGGAAGCCGACCUGGAGGCUGCUCGAGAACGGAUUGCUGACUGGGACUACGAUCCCUUUGAGCUGUCGUACGAUGAGCUGGUCAUCAUGGCGCUCGUCAUGUUCCAGUAUAUCUUAUCUCUUCCUGGCCUGGAACCCUACCGACUGGAAGAGCCCGAAUUGGUGCGAUUCCUCAUCAUGAUGCGGGACGCAUACCACCAUGAAAACCCAUACCACAACUUCCGUCACGCCAUUGACGUGAUGCAGGCCACUUUCCAGUUUCUCAUUCGACUGGGAUGUCUGCCUCCUCCUCCAUUUAAACGGGCCCCCAAUUGUUCCAUGAUUCCGCCUAUCGGACCGGCCGUCUUCACCCCCGCAGAGUCGCUGGUGGUUAUCAUUGCAGCUAUUGGCCACGACAUAAGCCACCCUGGGGUGACUAACGCCUUCCUGGUGAGCUCGCAUUCGCCCAUGGCCCAGGUUUUCAACGACAAGUCGGUACUGGAGUCGUACCACGCCUGUGUGCUGAACCGGGUGCUUAACAUUUUUUGGCCCGCUACCCAGGAGCCUCACCUCAAGAAGCUCAUUGUGGAGUCCGUUCUGGCCACCGACAUGGCCCAGCAUUUCAACUAUGUCGACCGUUGGAACGAGCUCAGCGCACGGUGCCGAAGCAAGGGCAAGGGCCGGUGCAACGAGGAGCGCGGCAAUCUGUCGCCAGCAGACCGGCAGCUGGUUGGCAGCAUGAUCAUGAAGUGCGCGGACGUGAGCAACGUGACGCGACGACUGGAUCUGGCAGAGAAAUGGGGCCGGGUGCUGCAGUGCGAGUUCUCCGAGGUGAAGGACGUGGAGACAGACUGCAACGUGCAGACGCUGCCGCCUAACUGUGGCAAGAAUGCGAACCUGGCGCAGUCGCAAGUGUCGUUUCUCAAUAUUUUUGCAUAUCCGCUGUUCCAACAGUUUUCUGACGCGUUCCCCGAGUUUGGGUACGCCUUCAAAACGCUACAGGAGAACAAGGCGGUGUGGGAAAGCAGACUUGUAUAG